CUUCAUCCUGAUCCUUAUGUUCGUGAUGUGGCCUUUCAGUGCAUCCAAGCUAUUAAUUACGAUAGUCAAAGAGACUUCACUUUUCUCAAAAGUUUAAAAGAAUCGUCCCCUUCGGACACCGUAGCAGCGUUGAUUCCUCCAAUCGUUGAUGAAUCACACGCUUUGAUUCCAUCGUCAGGAGAGAAUGGCUUAAUUCAUGCAGUUGGUUCAAAGAGACCAAUUGUCGAAGACGAUCAGCAAGAUAGCGAUGAAAAACUUCAAUGUUCAAAAAAAUCCUCAAAAGAUGCACAGGCUACUGAACAAGCCACUGACAGUGGCUUGGCCAUGGACACGACGAAUGAGCCAAACGAGCCGACUACUGCAAUAGAUGAAUAUCUCUCUUCAUUUGAUAGCACUCUUAUUUGA